UAUGGUUCUCGCGUUCUCUCUUCAGGUGUUCAUACGUAUCAGAGGAUGUAUGGAUGUGAUUGGGACAAUCAGACUAGAGCUUCAGAAGGGUUUGAUCAGUACAGUUAUGAUGGAGAGGAUUAUGUCACACUAGAUGUGAAGGAACUCCGAUACAUCACACCUGUACAGCAGGGAAUAAUAACAAUGCUCAAGUGGAAUAAUGACAGAGCACAGCUUGAAUUACUCAGACAAUACUACCAACAUGAGUGUGUUCACUGGUUAAAACAUUUCUUGACGUUGAGAAAAGUGGAUUUAGAGAGAAGAGCUCCUGAAGUGUCUCUGUUACAGAAGGAUCCCUCGUCUCCAGUGGUGUGUCAUGCCACAGGUUUCUACCCAGCAGCAGUGACUAUCACCUGGUUAAGAAAUGGACAGGAUCACGAUGAGGAUGUGGAUCUUGGAGAGCUACUACCAAAUGUAGAUGGGACCUUCCAGAAAUCAUCUACCCUCAAUAUUAGACCAGAGGAGUCAAAGAAGAACCAGUAUGUUUGUGUGGUGGAGCACGAGGGAAACACCAUCCAGAAGAUUCUGAGAAAGGACGAGAUCAAGAGUAACAACAGUGAAAACCCUUUAGGCCUGUGCUGCGAUGCUACGGACAUUUUUCACUCCAGGUACAGUAUCUAUGCCAGUCGCAUGACUUAA